AUGGAAAUAUAUUUCCGUAUACCUACUAGUUCUCUAAUAAGUUUAAAAUAUUAUGGAUAUUUGGCUAAAGGAGGCUGUUGUACUAAAAUUCAGAUGUUACAAAAAGAAUAUUCUGGUCCAAAUACCAAAGAAGCUAAAGAGUGUCUAGAGAAAAAAAAAAAUAGACAAGAAAUUAUUAAUUCAGGAAAAUACCAUCCAGAUACAAAGAAUUACAAACACCAUCAUUUGGGCGCAUUCCGUACAAGUCACUCGCUCUGUAAAUUAAUUGAUAAAGCUAAUUCACAAAAUAAUUUUGACCAAUAA